UCAACAGUGUCGUGGCGCGCUAGUUGGGUUUUAUGAAAUAACAACAAAUAACGCGACAGUGCAAUUGAUGUAAAAUGGAUGUUGAACGUUAACAAUCAGUGUGUUUUUUUGCGCCGAGUGAACUGGCAGCGAGUUGUGUGAAACUAAACAGUUUUUGCAAUGCCGUAUUGAUUUUGUUCGUCACCGGUUUUGAUACGCUGUUAUGAACUUUUUCUAACUUAUUGGAGUUAAAACACUUUACUGGUUGUAAUCUAAUGCUGAUUAACGUAUUGUUCUUUGUAUUUAUGCGAGGACACUGUUAAUUGAAGCUUAUCGAGGACGGGAUAUCGAAUUGGGAAUAAAUUAAGUACAUAAAAUGGAGAAGGUUGAAUCCCCGCUGGACGUAUUGUCGCGAGCUGCGACCAUGGUGCAGCCAUGCCCGGCGUAUCCCGCCAGUGACUCUGAUGGCUUCGAAACUCCAAGCACAGCUUCGAGCGGCGAGUCAGAGGGAGAUCGGACGCUGUCGCCAGAAACGCCGCGUGCGCAGCCGAAGGAACUCACGGGGAAGUGGAGGCGCGAGCGCCGGACCAGGCAGCCUGACUACAGACCCAGAGAAAACGGCAAAAUGGCGCUUCGCUCGCAAUCGUUCAACGAGCGGCGAAUCGGACCCGCGCUGGCGCGGGCACCGCACAGUGACGGCGAGUUGGAUGAUGAAGACGCGCCCGCCAACCUCACUACCAAUGGAAAAGCGCCUCCUGAGUACCCGGGCAAGCACGAAGCGCCAAUCGACAUGCGGCUACGCUCGCGGCCCGCGCCGCCGCCGUACAACCGGCCCUCCGUCAUCACCAAAAGUGACACGCCGCCUGGUUCAAUGUCAAUGUGCGACCCAGUAAUCGACGAGCACUUCAGGCGGUCGCUCGGCGACGACUACAUGAACCUGUUCAAGAAGAGCGCCGAGAGCCAGCCCGGCCCCAAGCCCAACACCAAGGACCGCGCCAGCUCCCCCAUCCAGUUCAAACCCGAGGAGCCCCCCAAGCCCGCCAAGAUCAUCGCCAUGGAGGUCGACGACGCUUCUCUCUCCGUCGACGAUCACUUCGCCAAGGCUUUAGGAGACACAUGGAGGCAACUACAAACCUCUCGGCUAAAAGAAACCGAGAAAACGCAAGCCAGAGGCGGCGUCGACGACCACUUCAGCAAAGCUCUCGGCGACACGUGGAAGAAAAUACAAAACCCCAAACUCAAUCUCGACGACGAGAAGAAAGAUCAAACGACGAAAAUUAUAUCGAGGAGCGGCGUCGUGAUAUAAUAGCGUCGUUGCGGCCUGGCGGUUCCGUUAACGACUUUACGAGUCAUUUCAUGAUACUAGCUCGAGUAUCAAUUAAUUCCCACUUGUUUAAUGUUAAGCUAUUUACCGUGAGCGCGGUGGCUCGUAACGUUUACACAGCGUUCGACGUCCGAAUCCAUGACAAUCUGUUACCUAUUAGGCUUUGGGAAGUAUUUUUUUAAAGAUAUUUAGUCAAUUAGUAGUCACCAGUUACACUAUAUAAGUUAUUACCUCAAUUUAAACGCUUCUGCACGAUUCACUGUACUUAGGUUUAAGUGUUGUAAAUAUUAGUCACCUACUGUUAUUUAAACUUUAGCGUUCGGUGGGGUAAAGGUGUCGUGUGUAACUAUUCUUGUAACUGUAAUGUUCCUCAUAUUAUAAGAUAGGUUUCAGUGGAUUCAUAUUCGAAUAAGCGACAAUGAAGUACCCAUCGAAAUUGAAUGUCAGUACCUACUAUGUGUAAAUAAUUUUAAGUAAAUAUAAGAUAUAUUUAAAGCUAAAGAUUUCAUUGUUCUCUGAUUGUGUUAUGAUCGUACAUAGUACAUAGUAACUACAAAAUUAGAUAGGGCUAAAUAUUGACUUAAAAGGUGUUCCUAUCAUGUCUGUUGUUUACGAUAAUUUUUUCGAUUGUUUUAUGGAUGCUUUUAAAAUAAUACAUUUUAAUUUAUGACGAAGAAUAUAAGAUAGCUGGAUUUAUAUAAAAUACAAAAUUUUGAACAAAAUAAAUUAGUAUUGUACGAGAGAGUUGAAUACAUGAUGACCCUAAAAUGAUAAAUAAGUUCUAGUGGCAACGUAAGGAUUGAAGUAUACACCAAAGCCAAAUAAUUCAUAACUUUAUAGCCUAUGUCCACAAUCCAAGGGCAUAUUCGUCCCACAUCAGAUCAAAUCUAUGAAAUUAUUGGCGUGUGCGCUGACUUAUUAUCGCGUGACAAUAUCGAGAUAAUACGAAGCGCUUACCAUACUAAUUGUCUGAACAAUGUGUAAAUGUUUUAUACAUUUUAUAACGUGUACACAACCAUAAAAGGCCUUGUCAGUAAACAUGUAAACACGCACCAAUAUAUGUCCACCCUAGAUAGUAAUAAAAUUAUUCUACAUAAAAAUCAUAUAUACUAUAAAAAAUAUGUGAGUGUGCAUGUCCCACUUUGUCGAUUGCUAUAAAGCCGCUUUGUCAGUUUACAUAUAAAGAUACAAGUACCUAAAUCUCGCCUUAAUGGUAACCGACAAAGUGGGACGUUUUAUUAAACACAGUCACAUAUACAGUCGUUACAAGCUGAACUCUUAAGGAUUUUUAUACCAUAGACUGCGUAGGUAUGAUUUAAAACGUCAAACUUUAAAACAUAAUAUGAUUAUAACGUCUACUUAACAUGUUUGCACGUGUAAAGUUCGUGUAUUAAAAUCGCUGUGUUAACUUAGCUUGAUCUGAUUGUACCUUUCGCCAAAACGUUAUUAGAUACUUUUGAUAUAUUCAUUCAAAAGUAUCUAAUAACGUUAUGUGCUGACUGACACUAUAAGUGCGUUUUCACAUUAUCCGAUCCGAUAUGGGAUAUCGGAAGGAUUUCAAAGGCAAAACUCAAAGAUGGCGGCUUCAAUGUAUGGGAUAUCGGUCCUACAUCCGAUAUCGGAUCGGAUAAUGUGAAAACGCACUAAGAGUUUAUAAUUUGGACUGUAAUUGACUUAACUUGGAGUUGUAAUUAGGCCUAUCAUUGAAAUAUUUAACGAUGUCGCGUGAAAACUAGAGGCUUUUAAAUGUUUACAGUACCUAUAAACAAAAUAACUGUCGAUAAAAAACUUAGAAAGCGAAACUGAUGAAAAUUCUGGCAUUCAUCAUGUUCCCAAUUCAAAUGUAUCGACUUGUUAGGGGUUUGAACUGAUUUUGAUACGACAUGACACAUGACAUGUGAAACCGAUGAACUACAUAUAUAGCGCGAAAAGAUUUGUCUUCGUAUUGUUGCGAAAACGUACGAACUUGUCAUGCUAUUUCAGUCAGUCUCAGUACAAAAUGUACUGACAUUGACUGAACUACCAUGACAAAUUAGGUGCGAACGUUUCCAGAAAAAUAUGAAGGAAGCCCUUUUCGCACUAUAUCGUACGAUACCGAUUUUCAGUGUCAAUAAAAUCGUCACUGAUUCUUGCUGACAGGUGUAUCGCUGUCACAGUUUAUGAGAAAUUGAGCAUAAUGUCAUGUUUCGCUGAGUUUCGAUUACAUUUUUGGCUUAAAGGUCUCUUAACUAUUUGCAUGUCGUGUUUUCGACUGAAUACUGAAACCUAUAAAACUUGUUGUCAUCCUGUACCAUACGUAUUCUGGAAAAUAAAGAAAUUCUAUUCUAUUCUAUUCUAUUCUAACCUGGCCAUUAAAAAAACCGCAUCACUAAUCAGUGAGCAAUCUUGGUCGUAUCAAAAUAAGAUCAACGCCAAAACCAGUCGUUGUAUCUGAAUCAGUCCUAUUCAAUUGUAAACGAUACGCGAAUAAAAAAAUAACUGGCUGUUAUCCAAGGGUUGCGAUGUAUCUCAUAAGGGGCCGGAGUUUCCAUGGCAACGUCAAACGCUUCUAAGAUAUGGCUCUAGUAAAAUGAAAUGAUCUGUGUUGAUAUUGAUAAUAUCGCUAUUAUUUCAUUUUGUAUGAAAAUAAUAUGAAUAUAAUUUUAUAGUAACAGUAACAUAUGCCCCAUAUAUCUCAUUUUCUGCGGUGUUAUGAAAACUCCGGUCCAGUUCUAAUAAUAAUAAUAAUCUUUGUAAAUAAUAAUUACUAUUUAUGCACAUUAUAAUUGUUAGAUGUCGUUGAAAAUACGCAAAUACACAAUAAGCCUGAAGUAA